AUGGCAGCAUGGAUGAUCCCACCUGCUGCCGCUGGUGAUGUUUUUCUAGUUAAAUCCAAACAAGAAGGUGAAGCUAAAUGCAAGGAGUUCGGAAACGAGUAUGGCUACUACGCCCUCUAUCGUGAUGGACCCAAAGGCAAUGAUAUUCACUACUCGUGUGGUUACCGGCAUGAAACGAAAACCAAGCUAAAUAGGUCCAAUAAAUGUGACCCAAAGCACAUUGAUUCGUACGCGUAUCUCCAAGGCACCGAUUUCCACUAUAGCUGCGAGGAUGGCAAGUUGAUGCUAAUGGACUGCAGACUGGACGAUAGCGAUAACGCUGCCGGCGAAGUUCGAAGUCCCCUUUACAAUAUCCAAUGCAAACCAGCUCCAGGUUACCAAUAA